AUGGCACCCAUUCCCACAUCCACUUUCUUCAAAAACCACCGCGCCUCAACCCUUCCCCCACCCGCCGAAAUCAGAGCCCUCAACAUCGCAACCGACAAACCCUCCGCCACAAGCUUCAACUGCCCACCCCCAGUCAUAAUCCCAUCUUUGGGUUUGGUGGUUAAAUAUGGCGCUGAUGUAACAUGGAUCGAAGCUGAGACUCAAAUAAUGAUUUGCGAGAAACUGCAAGGCCGCGUACCUGUUCCUGAAGUCUACGGGUGGGAGGAAGAUGGUAACCAAGGUUUUCUUUAUAUGGAGCUUGUUGAGGGAUAUACGUUGAUGGAGAGGUGGAGUGGGUUGAGCAAGGAUGAGAUGCGGGCUAUUUGUGAGGAACUUAACCAGAUGGUUAAAUUGAUGAAGGGGUUGGAGCAGGAUGAUGGACCUUAUAUUGGCAGUCUAAACAAACAACCCCUAAGAGACCUCUUCCUCAUAGACCGCCCAAAUCUAAACGGCCCAUACCAAGGCCCCAACGCCAUCGCCCAAUUCCAAGAAACCUGCGGACUCUGGAUCACCGAUGAUAAUCCCACACCAAUCGUCUUCACACACAACGACUUCCUCCCAACCAACAUCCUCAUAUCAAACGGCCCAAACCCAAAAGUCACUGCUAUCAUCGACUGGGCGCAGGCUGGCUGGUACCCUGCCUACUGGGAGUACUGCAAGGCCCGGUAUAUUAGGGUGAAUCCAAGGUAUUUUAGCGAUGCUGCGAUAGCAGAUUGGAGGACGAAGUAUUUGCCGUCGAUUGUAGAUCCGGUGGAGGAGGAGGGGUGCUAUCAUCCGUGGCUUUAUUUUGCUUUGUCGAAGUGCUAG